AGUCUGGAAGACACCUCCAGCUCGCCGCCCGCUGCCUGCCGCCACCAUGAUCAUCCCGGUGCGCUGUUUUACCUGUGGCAAGAUCGUCGGCAACAAGUGGGAGGCUUACCUGGGGCUGCUGCAGGCCGAGUACACCGAGGGGGACGCCCUGGAUGCCCUGGGUCUGAAGCGUUACUGCUGCCGUCGUAUGCUGCUAGCACAUGUGGACCUGAUCGAGAAGCUGCUCAACUAUGCUCCCCUGGAGAAAUGACUGCUGGCGCUCACCCUCCCACUCUGCUGACCACAGGCAGGCAGUGUCACACUGGGUUCAAGUGGAGGUGUUGGGACAUCAGGAGAAAUGCCUGCCUGCCGCUGUAUGAGUGCAUACCCCCUACUCUGGACAGAACCGUCUACUAAAGGUCUUUGUAGAA